CCUACCAAAAAAGCAGGAACUUAAGCAGCAUGUCUAACAUGAUGAUCAUCACCAACACUUUAUAAAUAGGCAACUAGUCCUUCCCCAAAUAUCACAUCCCACCUUAAACCCAUUUCCAUAAUCACUUUUUCCUACUUUCUUCUCCAUCCAUCCCUUGACUAAUUAAUUAUCCCUCACAACUACCAAUGGCCGAAGAGAAACACCACAAGCACCGCCUCUUCCACCACCACAAGGACGAGGAUAAUAAGCCAGUAGAAACCGAUACUGGUUACGACAACACAUCAUAUUCCAAGCCUUCUGAUGACUAUGACUCUGGUUUCAACAAGCCAUCGUAUGAGUCUUCUGGCGGUGGCUAUGAAGGUGGUUACAACAAAACAUCUUAUUCUAGUGAUGAGCCAGCUUCUGGUGGUGGCUAUGAAGGUGGGUACAAGAAAACAGGUUAUUCUGGUGGCAUUGAUGAGACUUCUGGUGGCUAUGGCGCUGGUGGUGGUGGAUACUCUGACGUCACUGAUGGUGGCUACGGCAAACCAAGUGGUGGCUAUGGCGCCGCUGGUGGUGGUGGUGUGUACCCUGACACUACCACUGAUGGUGGGUACAGCAAAACAAGUGGUGGUGGGUAUGAUGAUGAGGUUGACUAUAAGAAGGAAGAGAAGCACCACAAGCAUCUUGAGCACCUUGGUGAGUUAGGUGCUGCAUCUGCUGCUGCUUACGCCUUGCAUGAGAAGCACAAGGCAGAGAAAGACCCAGAGCAUGCUCACAGGCACAAGAUAGAAGAGGAGGUUGCAGCAGCAGCUGCAGUGGGAUCUGGUGGGUUUGCCUUCCAUGAACAUCAUGAGAAAAAGGAAGCAAAGGAGCAAGAUGAGGAAGCUCAUGGAAAGAAGCACCACCAUCUCUUUGGCUGAAGCAUAAGCAACCAAUUAUGAGCAUAUUCCUUCUACUUGUCUUAUAUAUAUAUAUGCUUUUGGCUUAUAUAUAUAUGUGUGUCUUUAAGUUAAUCAUCUUCCAGUUUAUUUUGGGAGAUCAGUAUGGUUUGGAGAAUGUUUCCUUGAAAUGUGUUGCUCUAUAUAUGCAUGUGUACUGUGUUAAGUGUUAAGUACAUAAAAUAAUAUAUACUCAAAUGGUUUGAGAUUACUUGAUUUA